GGACAAGCUGUCAGAGAGAGGGGCAGAGGUGUGAGGAGUCACUGGGGAAGAAUAAGCAUGUUGGAAGAGAAAGACGUUUCUUGUCGCAGAAUCACAAGGAAGACCAUUUUAAAUAUGAAGCACUGAGAAAAGGAGAAGAAAAAAGGGGACCUUCUUGAGUAUAGCACUAGAGGGGGAGAGUUAAGGGGACUUUUAAAACGAGGUAACUGCUGAAAAUAUGGGGUGCAUUCAUAGCACAGGAGCUGGCAGUAUGAAGAAAAGUGGACCGAGUACUGACACAGGAGGAAUCCCCAUAAAGACAGACCCUGAGGUGCAUCCUGAAAUCUUCCAGCUUGCUGAGCUCGCCAAAGCAGGGAGCCACAUCUUCACAGAGAAGAGCUUUAAGAGGAAACGGGUGUGCGAUGUGUGCAAGCAAAACAUCGACAACUCUGGGGCUUUCUGCAAGGAUUGCAAGGUUGCAGUUCACAAGACAUGUGAAGCCAAGGUGACUCCCACCUGCACCUCAACGCCAGACUCGAACGGCUCCACUAAAUCUACAUCACAAAAGAAGAGAGGCUCAUUGCCGAGGAGUAAGAGUUUUGAACAAGUGAUGGAGCAUGUGAUGGAGCGCCACUAUGACUUUGACCUCACCUACAUCACAGAGAGGAUCAUCUCUGUCUUCUUCCUGCCGGAGCUGGAGGAGCAGCGGUACCACAGAGACCUACAGGAAGUGGCCUCCAUGCUGAAAUCCAAGCACCAAGACAAGUUCUUGCUACUGAAUUUAUCCGAGAAGAGACAUGACAUCACCAGACUUAACCCAAAGGUGCAGGACUACGGCUGGCCUGACGUUCACGCCCCGCCCCUGGACAGGAUUUGUGCUGUUUGUAAAGCCAUGGAGACCUGGCUGACCUCUGACCCAAACAACGUGGUGGUCCUCCACUGCAAGGGAAACAAAGGGAAGACGGGGGUCAUCGUGGCAGCCUACAUGCACUACAGCAAGAUAUCAGCGGGAGCGGACCAGGCUCUCACCACUCUAGCGAUGAGGAAGUUUUGUGAAGACAAAGUCUCCUCAUCCCUACAGCCCUCUCAGAACAGGUACAUCUACUACUUUGGCGGUUUGCUGUCAGGUACCAUCAAAAUGAACAGCAGUCCUCUGUUCCUCCAUCAGAUCCUCAUUCCAUCACUACCAAACUUUCAGACGGGAGGAGGUUUCUUUCCAUUCCUGAAGAUCUACCAAUCUCUACAGCUCGUCUACACUUCAGGCGUCUAUGAUCCCCAGAGCUCCAGGGCGAGGAAGCUGUGUGUGACGAUGGAGCCAGCACUUUUAUUAAAGGGGGAUAUUAUGGUGAAGUGCUACCACAGGCGGAGUCGAGCAGCAGAGAGGGAGGUGGUGUUCAGAGUCCAGUUCCACACCUGCACGGUUCACGGAGCCCAGCUGUGGUUUGGCAAGACUGAACUGGACAUGGCCUGCAUAGAUGACAGGUUCCCUCCAGAUGCUACAGUCGAGUUUAUCUUCUCCAAUGGGCCUGAAAAAAUGAAAGGUCGAGAAUACCGCAAGAAUGACGACUCCAUCAAAGUGGACUUCAACACGUCAGACCCUGUGGUCAGAUGGGAUUCUUAUGAGAACUUCAACCUGCACCACCAAGACAGCAUUGAAAAUAUCCCUCAUACGAGGGGCCCUCUGGACGGCAGCCUGUACGCCCAGGUGAGGAAACGCCGUGGGCCGGGCUUGACGGCCUCAACAACGUCACCCAAUGGAUGCCUCACCAGCAGCCCAACAGUCAAGCCUCCAACUCCCAGUCACACCCAGCCUCUCACCCACACCUCUGACUCUAGCCACCCUCUAGUCCCCUCUGAUCACCUGGAAGACGCACCUCCACCCAUAAACCGGUCAACAAAAGAAAACACUGACUGUCCCUUGAGGAGAGGAGAUGGGGACACAAAAGAGAAAAGAAAAGGGAAAGAGAAGGAUAGAGAGACUGCCAUUUUAGAUGACGGAGACCCAUCAAGUCUUGGAGGUUUGAGGCGAGAAAUCUCGAGUUGCGGGCGUUCGACUACAAAGUGUGGCGACGGCAGAUGGGAGAGGGAGCGGGAGCCAUGCCGUUCUGAAGGUCAUUGUCACGGCCAUUGCAUCAGCAUUAAAAAGAACCCGAAAAGCCAAACUCUCCCGGCCUUACCAACCAAAUCCGUGUCCCCGCCUCCUCAUUCAACUCAUAUGGAACUCUGCCAUCGACAUAGUGGGCAUCCUUUACCAGAGUUACCAUGGGAACGUCCAGUCCCACCCCCACCCCUGCCCUGUCUGCACAGGCCUUGCUACCCUUAUUCAAGCCCUGAACACACCCACCCACACAGCCACACCCUCCCAGCCUUAAACAGACUCUGCACUGGGGAGGAGUGUCACCUGCUCCAUUAUUCCAGCCACAACCCGUCCACCCAUCACUCCCAUCCUUCACUCCCCUCCAGCCCUUACAGGGAAAUGUUCUUUGGCUCUCCAACGUCGUCCUCUGGUUGUGCUUGUCGGGACUGCUCCAACAGACGAGAGCACCAAUCAGUCAGAGCCAUCCAUCCUUUGCACCCAGAUCAAUCAGAAAACCCACACUGGUCUCAAGGAGCACAACGAACAAGAGAGGCCCCUCCCCUAUGGGAAAGUGAAAAUCCAUGGGAGGUGGCGAGAGAGGCAGAGUUCUGGCAGUGCAAACCAGCCAUGCCCGCAUUUCGCGUCUGCCACUCCACAUUGGAUCAGAAUCCCAACCCGGAUCAUAGAUAUGCCAUUGGACCUCAUCAAGGCUACCCCAGCCCCCAGUCUCUGAUGGAUGUGCGGGAUGGAGCCAGCAGUGGGUAUCACACUCCCCCACAGCCCCGCCACUCCUGUCCCUGCUCUCCUUAUCAGUCAUCUCCAGCUGAGAGCCAUGAGAGCCGGGGUUACGUCUCAGGGUACCACUCUGGAUCAGCCUCGCCUCUGCCCACCAGUAGCCCCUCUCCUGGGAGGGGCAGACUGCCUGAGACCCCCUCUAGAGACCAGCAGCAUGCUGAGCAACCCAAAGUGGAACAGACCAAGGCUGAUGUGGGAGAUGACAUAUCCCAGGGUUCAGAGGAUAAAUCGGACUCUAACGGACAGUCAAGCACCCCUGGACUCGACUCUGAUCAUGACUACACAAUCAUUGGUAGCAACAGCCCCACACACACAGAGGACAGUGUAACUGCCGACAGUCCUACUCAAAGCCAGGAAGCCGCGACACAUCUGGAGUCGAGCACAACCAGCAGCAAAGACAUCACACCAGUACCAAGUGUAACACAAACUCAAAGUUCCAACAUAUCCAUCAACUCCACACAAGCCUCAAGUGAGCAGAGUUUGAGCUCUGAUGGUAAACUUGUCAUCGCCCAGAUCACAGGAACCGCAGAGGGAUCUAACCCAUCAAAGACUUCAAAUUACGCUACUGUCUGCAUCACUCCAGUCCAAGUGCAACUAAAUGGCUCCGCCCUUCCUAAUGAUACCCCCUCUGAGGGCAGCAGAUGCGUAUCCAUGAACCUUUCUACCAGUCUCAGCUCAAGCCCUUCCAACACUUCCCCUAACUCUCCUAUUGGUUCCCCAGACCUUUAUUGUUCCCCCCAGCGCUCCACACCAUCUACAGACGCAGCAGGACAGAGGCUGACUCCAGAAAGAGAUGGCUCAACGGACACCAAACCCCCAUCACCCGUGCCAGAUGGAUACCAAACACCCACCUUUCCCUUAGCAUCAUAUUACUACCCGUUACUAAACGUCCCUCAUGUACCGUACACUGGGUACACUGCAAUCACCAUCCCCGCCAUCCAGCCACCGCUACCCGAGAAGAAACGACUUUCUGCCCCGCAAGGACACCUAAACGGACACAACUCUCUACUCCGGGUGAUCUCAGCUCCUUCCCCCGCGCACCACGUUACCUUCUCCCCUUCUGUGGGAGAGCAGAGACGGGGGUCUUCACAACACAGCUGCAGGGAAGAGGCCGACAUAAAGGUCAACGCUAAGUUUGUGCAGGACAGCUCAAAGUACUGGUACAAGCCAGGCAUCUCCAGAGACCAAGCCAUAGCUGUUUUGAAGGACAAAGGACCAGGAACCUUCCUCAUCAGAGACAGUAACUCCUUCCAGGGGGCCUACGGCCUGGCCCUCAAAGUGGCCACCCCUCCUCCUAAUGCCAACAUCACUGGCUGCAAAGGGGACCCUCUGGAACAGCUGGUGAGACACUUCCUCAUCGAGACAGGGCCACGGGGAGUCAAGAUCAAGGGCUGUCAGAACGAGUCCUACUUCGGAAGUUUAUCUGCCCUGGUGUACCAGCACUCAAUAACUCCCAUCUCCCUGCCCUGUGCCUUACGCAUCCCAGAAAAAGAUCUGGUUGGGGAGCUUCAGGAGAUGCAGAGCGCAACAAACACCAGCACUGCGGCUGACCUCCUCAAACAAGGAGCAGCUUGCAACGUGUUAUACCUGAACUCUGUGGAAACUGAGUCGCUGACGGGCCCAGAGGCCAUCUCAAAGGCUACCAAGUGUACUUUGGCACUGAAUCCACGUCCGGUGGCAACAGUGGUCCACUUCAAAGUGUCUGCUCAGGGCAUCACUCUGACCGACAGCAAAAGAAGGCUAUUUUUCAGAAGACAUUACCCGAUCAACAGUGUGACUUUCAGCAGUAUCAACCCCCAAGACCAGAGGUGGACUAAUUCUGAUAGCACGUCAAGCAAGAUGUUUGGCUUUGUGGCGAGGCGGACCGGCAGCGCCACAGAGAACGUGUGUCACCUGUUUGCAGAGAUGGACCCGGAGCAGCCAGCAGUUGCCAUUGUCAACUUUAUCAACAAAGUCAUGCUGGGGCCUCAGCUACGCAGAUGAGAGAGCGGGAGAUAUUUUUUGAGGUUGAGAUUUUUUAAUGAAGUGUGUGUGUGACUACAUUUGUUUGCACCACUGUACUCGACUGUAUGCCUGUUUUAAAAACAGGAUCCACUUCUGACAGAUCAAUGCUCUGUAAAGUAUUCUUUUUAUUUCAGGUUACAGAGCAAAGAGUUAAAUAGGAUUAGUUAACAAACCAAAGAUUGACCUUACUUUGGUUACUGUUGCCAAAUGUUGUUUUUUUUAUUUUGCUGUGAAUAAAUCUAUUUUAUUUGUAUCUACCUUCAAAUACUUCACAUAAUGCACAAAAGAUUCACAAGCUGCAUAAGGGACAAUCCAUGUAUUACACUGUUAUUUGUGAUGAAGUUUCUCUACAUCAUACUUACAGCUAAAGGAAAACUCUUAUUUUUUUUAUGUAUGAUCUAUGUUUAUAAGUAUAAAGUGGCACUAAUGCAACAUUAGUCCGGAUGCAAUGUAUAAAACAAAAGGAAGUCAUUUAAACGAUUAUGUGUAUGCAUUAUCUGAAGAGACAUUAAAGUCAGUGGUUACACACAUUUGUAACAAUCUACAUUGGGUUCUUGAUGCAACUAUACUAUUAAAAGUGUAUUUUGUCGAGGUGAUAACCACAGAUGUAGAAAUGUAUAAUGCUAAACCUUUACAUUUAAAACACAGACAGAUAGAUGUUUAAACAACAUGUUUAUGGAUUUUAACUACAUGAGAAAGUAAAAGGGGGUCAGCCUUGAAUCCGUUUUUAGAUGAAUGAAUGUAAUUUAAAGGGGGUGGACAGGAUUAUGGGAAUAUUAUUUCUUGAGCUAGAAAUUAAAUAUAGCCUUACUUUGUAGUUAGAGUUAAGGGACAGUCUCAUAUGAGAGCAUCUAAAAUAAAUGCAGUGUUUUGGACCUAAUUUUAAAAAGAACAGGUACCAGAAAACUCGCUGCAUAUCACAUAUUAGUCACAGCCCUAUUUCAAUAAUUAUAACCCAAGGCAAGACAUAAUAAGUAAUUUAUGUCUUGCAGGGGAGUUUCAAGUUAAGCCAAAGACUUCAUUUUUGUGUAAAGAAAUGUUGAAAUGUUGUUUUUUUAUCAGUACAUUUUGUUGUUUGGUACUUGUGUAUUUUCUAUAAACUGAUACGGUUUUAAAAUGGCUCGAGCGCUGUUAUAAUUUUUUAAUAAUGGAUUUUUAUGUCAAAGAAGUAAUAUAUUUUAGGCCUCUGAGAAGAAUGAUGUAUGUCAUAUUUGACAGGACAUUUUAAGUAAUAAAAUCCUUCAAAUGUA